AUGUCAAAUAAAUUUUUUAAAAUUGAAGAUAACAAUACUCUUACUUGUUUACAAACAAAAUGUAAUUAUAAGUUUCGUAAUCCGAACAAUAAACAUAAUGCUAUUAUCGAUCAUUAUAGAAGAAUGCAUAAAACUAUUUAUAAUGAAAUAAAAGCUAACAUAAAACCAUACUCUAGACCAAUUCAACAAAAUCAUUUUAGUUCAAAAUUUAUAACUCAACAACCAGCUUCACAACAAGAAAAUCAUACUACACAGACAAGAGAAUGUAAUAAAACUGUUAUUUAUAAUGAGCUUUUUUGUUUUCAUUAUUUUAUCGACGGGCGUUAUUAUAUUUUUAAAUUUUAUAAACUUAAAAGUAAUGGAUAUCAUUUAAAAAUUUUUUGUAGUGGUGAUAUUAUUAAAGUUAUAGAUGAAAAAAUAGAUGAUUUUUCAUUUUCUUUUACGAUGAUUAAUAAUGAUAAUUUUAUUAAACUAAUCGAAGAUGAAUAUUUUUUCUUAAACGAUGAU